AUGGCCGGUCUCCUGGAGCAGCUGGACGGCGCCCUCUCCGGCCUGUUCCACGGCUGGAACGCCUACUCGACCGUCCUCGUCGUCGGCAUCCUCGGCUUCGUCGGCUGGGUGGUCGCCAGCGACGCUGAUGCAGACACGCACCCGCUGCUGCUGGCCCGCCAGGCGCAGGCCUCGUACGUGCGCCAGCCGCGCGAGUCUGCAGUCUUCCGCUCUCCCGAGACCCCCCACGGCUACCCGCUGCGAACGGGACUCGCCGUCAAGCCCGCGGGCGCGCCCAUGUACUCGGCCGGCAAGGACGGCGAUCUCCGCGACAUCUGGCGCCGCGUCACGGGCGAGAUACCGCUGGAGAAGAAGGCCAGCUCGCGCGGCACGGCGACCCUCAUGACGGUCCAAGGCACGGAGCAGCUGUCGGAACACGACAUUUCCGGCGUUUCCAAGGAAAUGGCCAUUGUCGGCAAGCAUCUGCAGGACCACGCCGCGAAGCGAGUCGCCGUCUACCUGCCCAACAGCCUCGAGUUCCUCGCCGUGCUGUUCGCCGGCGCCUUCUACGGCUUCACCCCGAUCCUCAUUCCCUACAACCAGCCGCACGCUACGCUCACCGAGCUGCUCCACGCUGCGCGGGCCGACUCGCUCGUCGCACAGGCUGGCUCGGUCCCGCUGGCCGAUGUCACCCGCAGCGUGCCCAGCCUGCGCCACGUCGUGUGGACGGUGGAGAAGACCAGCAGGCACAUGGGCUGGAGCGACGUUCCCGAGGGCAUCGGCGGCAAGCUCGACGUUUCCGUCUGGCACGAGCUCGUGCAAGACUCGCGCCACUCCGACGCCGUGCUGCCCUCGGACGGCGCCAAGGCUCCGGGCGUUGUCUUUCUCUGGCAGGAGGCUGUUGGCAAGCCGGCCGAGAUGGUCGAGUUCACCCAGCAGAACAUUGCCGCUGCCGUCGGCUCGCUCAUCACCUCUCUGCCCACGGUGCAGCGCUUGUCGCCGUCGGACACGUUCCUCCCCGCUGAUGCCUUCACCGACUCGUACUGCCUCUGUCUUACCCUCGCCGCUCUCUUCUCCCACUCCACCGUCAUCAUCAACUCGGUCGCCGGCCCCGGUGUCGACCUGACACUGGCCACCCGCUCCCUGGCGCCCACAAUCAUAGUCGUCUCCGCCGAGACGGCGGCAAAGGUCCACAGCACCACCGCUGCGUCGGCCGUCGGCGCCCUGAAGCAGCUCGCCCACCGUCUCGAAUCUCGCGUUUUGUCUUGUGGCCGCCUGCCCACCAGCAGCCUCCUGACGCCCGCAAGAGCGUCCAUUGGCACCACCCCUGGCAGACUCCGUCUGGUCUUUACUUCGGAACGCGCAGGCUUGAAUGCGCCUCCGCUCAGCUCCAGGGAUCUGUCAGACCUUCGAGUCUACACGCAGGCGCGCGUCGUCUAUGCCUUGACCGCCGCCAAGGUUGCAGGUGCCGUUGCGCAGACGAACAUGUACGACUACAGGCUCGACGCAUCGUCCAACAAGCACAGCCACUUUGGCGUCCCGCUCAGUAGUCUGGAGCUCAAGCUCAAGGACACGCCUACUCUCAAGACGACCGAGGACGAGUCUGUUGGCGAGCUCGUCGUCACUGGGUCAUCUGUGGCUGGUGGGGAGGCUUCUCUUGGCUUCAACGCGACAUUCCGCGAGGACCAUACCCUGGCUUAUGUCUAG